AUGUUCAUUUUGGAUGGUUUCUGGUUGAAUUCGUCGAACAGAACCAAUAGCAAUGCCGCCUCAGUGCUUCUAAUCACAGCUGUCCUAUAUGUCAUUUUAACAACAGUCGUCCAUUCUCAACAACGACAGACAAAUAUUGACGAUGAUGAUAACCUUUAUAUUCUCAUUGACGAAAUUAGUGUUUAUACAUGUCGAGGAGCUAAAAAUGAGAUCAAGCUAACAGAGGAUGAUAUUGAUGUUGUGAAUGAGAAAGGUAAUCGUGUAUUCUUCAUCAAGGCACCAGGAAAUUACUCUUUGCACUUCAAGAGACUUGUUGUCACCAAAGAUAUCGGAUAUCUGAGUGGCGAAAUUGGUGUUAAACUUCAAGUGCCAAUCAUCGAAGGUCCUGCAGGAAUUCGUUUCGACUUGCCUUAUACAGUGAUACCAGAAACUGGAAUUUUAGACCAAGAAUGUGACAAACAUAGCGGUGUCGUAGAGCGUGGUAAUCGACAGUACUGUCGUUAUUGCGAUAUCUGCGGACUUACUGCUAAACUGGAAACCGACUUGAAUGAUAAAGGUCAUUUAUUUUUGCCCGAGGUGGCACGCGGCACCGAGGAGAAAUUCGCAUUAGUUUGUAAUCGAAUUGCAUCGAAUGUUUACGAAUUUAAUCGGACGAUUAAUUUGCCUGGUAAACGUGAGCUAGAAGCACGGAUCAACGAAAAAGUCCAAGGUCUGGAUGGUGAGAUUCGUCAGCGUCUAAACAAAAAACGAGGUCGAUUUCAAAUAUUCCUAAACUUAAUCAGUGCCGAACAACCAGCAAUCGGGCGAGAUGAUUGGUUUGCGAAGUCUCUUGAUUGCCGAUGUUGUUGGGAUGGUCGUGACGCUUCGUGCCAUGGUGUACUAAGUUUGUUGUACUGCAAUAAAGAAGAGUGCAAGAAUAAUUGGGCACAACGCUGUUUGCAUCAAACAGCACGCAUCGUUGCAUGUUAUACAGUUGAAUUUAAUUAUCGCAUGACGACUUCAUAUGCAGACGUCAUUCGGUUUUUAGAAGAAAACAAUCAUUCGAAUCAGGAAACUGUUAUGUCAGUACCGGAAAUACAGCAGAUUUCACCACAUUUACUAGGCACUGUUAAAACCAGCGAUACUUCCCAACCUCUACCCGAAAGAUGUGUGGCAAAAAUGCCUCAGAAGCUGAUACAUUUGCGGCGUUAUUGUAUAAUCUUCUGGAAUGAUAAGCUAUGUUGUUCACAUUGUUCUGGUGUAUGUCAACCUUAG